UCUCUCUCUUCAAUGUCAUUCACCUGAAGAAAAAAAACAGAAUUGCGAACGCAGCCUUCUUCUCCUCUCCUCAUAGAUUACGUAAAGGGAAAAAAAAAGAAGAAUCCUUCUCUUGCAGUCUCAUAGAUUACGUAAAGAAAAAAGAAGCAUUUCUCCUCCUUCUCAUAGAUUAUGUAAAGGAAAAAGAAAAAGAAAAACUCAUUUGCGAUUCUUCUCCUCUCUCAAAAGUUUGUCAACUUUCCGCUUUACUCCGGUGUCGUUCAUCAUCUACUCCGGCGAACAUCUCACGCAUUGUGCAAUUGAAAAGUAUAAGGUGGUUUAAGGAUGUCACAUAUUCCCAUGUUAGUGCGUUACGGUGGUAUGUGGGAUGAGAGGCGAAGAAAAUACGAAGGAGGCAUGUUAAAAGGCAUCGUUGUCAGUAAAGAAAUAACACAUAAAGAUUUACAGGCAGAAUUAUAUGACCUUGCAGAAGUUGACCCUUCAAAGUUCGACGUAAUGAUAAGAUGCAUAUAUGAGAUAAAAGUGGAACACGAAGCUCCUACAUUUGAGUUAAGCAAUGACCGUGAUUUGAAGUUUUAUCUUCUUAGUGAAAAUCCAUUAAAGGUCCCUUUAUACGUCUCAUUUGAGCCUAAAAGUAAUCAAAGCAAAAAAGUGUUAAGCAAAGAUUACAAUUCAGUAUCUGGCAGCAACCAAGCUCAUAACUUAAACCCUCAUCCUCCAAUUGUAAUGGAUACAUUAAAUGAGAAUGAAGUCCAUGUUCGUGAAGUUGAAGUUGGCUUGUGUGAUAACGUGAUAGGGACCACUUCGGCUAUAUGGGAAUCAUAUGAGUCAUAUGAUUCGAAAGAUGAGACUUUUACAUGGGAGCCAGUAGAGAUGAAUAGUGAAUCAUUUGACAUCCCACAACAUAGAGAUGGUCCUACAAAAGAUUGCAAAGGAAAAUCUAAAGUUCGUUACAGCUCUUCUAGCCAAAAGUUGAAGACAGACAUGAAUGAUUGGUCCGAAGAAAGCUCUACAAGUGAGGAGUUUGAUGUAGGACAAAUAUUUUUUUCCAAAAAAGAUUUGUCAAUGAGAUUAAGUGUCUUGGCAAUGAAAAAAAAUUUUCAGUUUGUAGUAAAAAAGUCUACAAAAGAGGUUCUCUUUGUUAGAUGCAUUGACAACAAGUGUGGUUGGAGACUGCGAGCGAUGAGAUUGAAGGAUUCAAAUAUAUUUAAGAUUAACGUUGAACAUGUUCUAGCCUAG